UUUCCAGUCCCUACUGACGCUUCUCAUUGUGCUUAGUUAAGACGUUGAUCGUGUGUUCGUAACAAAAGUGUUUCGGUUGAAGGGUUCAGAAAGUCUUUCGUAUUGAAAUUGUGGCAUUGAAGACAAAACAAGUGUAGCGACGUAAAGAAGAAAAUAAAAUGGCCUCCUCUUUGGCUUACCAUAAGCAACAAACGGACACAAAGAAGACCGACCUCAUUUUGAUUGUGAAUAAAAUUGGUCUGUUGUACAAGACGACUGGAGAAUAUCCUGAAUUUGAGACCAGACGACCAUUAACAGGAUUCGUGUCUGUCAACGACUCUAACAAACUCGACUUUCUAAAAUCAAUUGCAUCCAAUGUCAUCCACAUUGCCAUUGAUCCGUUGCUGUACGACGGACAAUUCUUGAAGCGUGUGAAGGAUAUGUGCGUGAACGUAAAACAACUGACGAUUGACGGUAAUUUGUUGGAGCUUGAGAAACGCGCGUAUCAUACAAAAGCAGAUAAGCCGAGAGGUGAAGUGAUGUGCCGAAAUUUGGUCACAUUUAUCGGUGGUUUCGAUAAAAUCGAGGAACUUUUCUUCGGACCGAGGCUGAAUUUGGCCGAAAAAAUUUACUCAAAAAACAAAUGGGGAUGGGGAAACCGGUUUGGUGCAAAGUCCGGAUUCUAUAAGGCCGUGCUGUCCACCGACUUCAUAAACCACUUGAACAGCAAUUUGAAAGCCAUUUUUUUCAAUUGUUGUGACAUUGAUUCGUUUGAUUUACGAGAUGCUGGUCACCGAUGUCCAGUUGCGAUUAAACCAAUGGAAAUGAGCCUGAUCAACCAAAUGUAUAAGCUGGAAGGUGGCCCUGCACACACGUGCUUAAACAAACUGGUCAAUUUGAAGAGUUUGUCCAUCCCAUACUUUGAAAAUUGCUUCCAUUCGGACACAGUGGGGGAACUAAUACUGGAAACGUUGUCAGGAGACAAUAGAGUUCACCAAAUGUUUCCGAAUCUGAAGAAAAUUCGAGUGCAAUAUUUUUGUCCAUUUGUGAUGGAUAUGUCAGGCACAGCAAAUGAGGGCCUCUAUGAUGGUGUGAUCUUGGACGAAUUGGAAGUGGAAGUACAAAUACCGUGUUUCGGCCGUGGGGGGCGUAAAAUGCACGCACAUCAAGGAAUUCUUCAAGCAAUGCUGUACUUGAGCUUCACUAAAGAUACCGGCAGAUUCAAUGGAGAUGCUGUUCACAGUUGCCACUGCUUCGACACAAUCACCCGCAUCAAGCCGCUAAAGUAUUUGAAAGUAAUCAAAUUGCGAUGCUUCGAUGAGCAUGUUGGCCGUUUCAUUUACGAGCUACAAAAGAGUGGAUGCAAGCCCGACAUAAUUGUGUAUGAGAAAAGUCGCUUCGAGCGAAAUCCUGACCAUCAGUCGCUGUGGAAUAAUUUGAUCAGCUUGGAGAGUACACUGAAAUUCGUUCCGCAUGACAAAAUUGAAUUGGUCAUGAAGAAAUUGGACGAAUCCAAGACCGUCGUUGUCGAAAACAAAUUGCGUAAGUUCGUUCCUGCCGAUGUUAAAAUUUCAUUUACCGAAUAAUCAACUCUCGGUACAUUAUUGCGUUUCAUACGAUCAUAUUUUCACCUUUAUUUUUUCUGUUUAAAAUAUCAUUGAAGACUGAAGGUUAAUUUGUAAUUAUUAUUGUUGAAGUAAAACAAUUCGUUUCGAAA